UGACUCUGGCAGGCUUGACACUGGUGCAAGUCCAGUUGCACAUUUUGCUGCGUUUUAUUUCCCUUACAAGGUGCUUUGAUGCAUCGGGCUUUCCUCGCACAGUGACCGGGCGCCUCGACAGUCGGGAUAGGUAACAUGAUAAACGUGUUUAUGCCCCUGUAGCGGUCUUUCAGAGAGAUUUGUCGUCAGGCCUGUUCGGGUUAUUACCAUCACUGUACCAAGUGGCUACACAGAAAUGUCACUGGAGGACUAUGAACGGCAUUUCGCCUCGCUAAAUUCAGAUUUGGGCAGCGAGUCGGUGGCCAGCGGGCGAUCAGCCUCGGGCACAUUCAGUGGCGAAGAGGAAAAGUUGCAUUACAUUCCUAUCCGGGUCCUCGGGAGGGGGGCGUUUGGUGAAGCGACUCUUUACAGGAGAACAGAGGACAACUCCCUGGUGGUAUGGAAGGAAGUGGAUCUGAACUGUCUGUCCGACAAGGAGCGCAGAGAUGUCAUGAACGAAAUAAGCAUCCUCUCCAUGCUAGAGCACAACAACAUCAUCGCGUACUUCAAUCACUUCAUGGACAAGAACACGUUACUUAUUGAGCUGGAAUAUUGCAAUGGAGGGAAUCUGUAUGAUAAAAUCAACCAACAGAAGGGGACCCUUUUCAGUGAAGAGGUGGUCAUAUGGUACCUGUACCAAAUCGCCUCAGCGGUGGCCCAUAUUCACAAAGCUGGCAUCCUGCACAGGGAUAUCAAGACACUGAAUAUUUUCCUGACUAAAACCGACCUCAUCAAGUUGGGUGAUUACGGCCUUGCGAAGAAGCUCGACUCCCAGUUUGCAAUGGCCGAAACUUGUGUGGGAACCCCUUAUUACAUGUCACCUGAGCUGUGCCAGGGAGUGAAGUACAACUUCAAGUCAGACAUCUGGGCCAUGGGCUGUGUCAUUUUUGAAGUCUUAACUCUUACCAGAACAUUUGAUGCAACGAACCCUCUCAACCUGUGUGUGAAGAUAGUCCAAGGCAACUGGACUAUGGAAGUGGAUGCAAAUGUUUAUUCCUCUGCAUUGAUCAAGCUGGUAUAUGAGUGCCUAGAUCAAGAUCCUGAAAAGAGGCCCACAGCUGACAAGAUUCUGGACCAGCCAAUCAUCUCCUGCCGCAGACAGAAGCUCGAAGAGAAAGUUGCCUUGUUGAAUUCAGCGAUGAAGAAACCAAAGCUGAGUACAGUGACAGAGAGCCCUGUUGCCGUGGUGACCACACGCUCCAGGGAGGUGUACUUCUGGGGAGGGGGGAAGUUCACCCCUCAGAAACUGGACACUUUUAAAGGAGGCAGCAGCGCCCAACAUGUGUGUGCAGGGGAGAGUCACUUUGCAGUGGUGACAGUGGAAAAAGAACUGUACACUUGGGCUAAUGUCCAAGGUGGGGCCAAGAUGGUGGGCCAGCUCGGCCACGGAGACCAGGCCUCAUACCGGCAGCCGAGGAAGGUGGAAGGCCUCCAAGGCAAGGCCAUCCGACAGGUGGCAUGUGGGGCCGACUUCACCGCCUGUAUCACCGAUGAGGACCAGAUGUACAUGUUUGGAUCUGACUACUACGGCUGCAUCGGAGUGGAGGGCGAGCUGGGCAUGGAGGUUGUGAAGCCAGUGCUUCUGAUGUUUUUUGAGGAGAGGCCCGUCCGCCAGGUUUCCUGUGGAGACAACCACGUGGUGGUGAUGACUCACAGUGGGGAAAUCUACUCCUGGGGCUGUGGAGAGCAUGGACGACUUGGCCUGGAAUGUGAAGAUGACUUUUCUUCUCCCAUGCAAGUGGAGGUCCCCAAAGGAGCCACCAUCUCCUCUGUAUCAUGUGCUAGUGAUGGGACCUUCUUCUUAACAGAAACAGGGAAAGUCCUGGCGUGUGGCAACAAUGAAUUCAACAAACUGGGUUUGAACCAGGGUAUCUCUGGCCUCAAAAACCACCCUGGAGAGGGCUACCAGUGGAUCCCAUACAUCACCACACUCACUCUAGUAAAGCAGCUUUCCAGGUUCAAGAUCCAGGUCAUUUCUCCAGGGAAGACCCAUACAGCUGCUAUUGAUGAACGUGGCCGUUUGAUCACCUUUGGUUGCAACAAGUACGGACAGCUGGGAGUGAAGGACUUCAAGAAACACCAUAGUGUCCAAGUCCUUGUGGGACCUUUUGGGGGAAAGGUAGUGAACAAAGUGUCCUGUGGAGAUGGCUUCACCAUCGCAGCCACUGAGGACAAUCAGAUCUUUGCAUGGGGUAACGCAGGAAACGGACGCCUAGGAAUGCCUGCCGAUAAGGGAUUUGGCUCAGAGGUUUGCCCUGCCUUGCCAAGGCCCAUCUUUGGCUCUCUCCACCAUGUGCCAGACCUGUCUUGCCGUGGAUGGCAUACCAUUAUCAUAACAGAGAAAGUCCUCAACUCCAAGACCAUCCGCUCCAACAGCAGCGGGCUGUCAAUCGGAUUAGGCCAGGAGGCGUCUACAUCUACAGUGGAUCUUGAGCUAGAGCCGGGUUCAGAGACACAGUGUCGUGACAGGGGUCUUGGUGGCACAGUGGAGGCUAAUACUGACGAGCACCUCUUGGAGACCCCGAUGAUGUCAGUGGCAAACCAGACUGGAGACAGCUCCUGCCCCCUCUGGCUUCGAAAGGAGCUCCAGGAUGCUGAGUUCAUCCCCAUGCCAGACUCCCAAACCUCCACACCCGACCGGCUCUCUUCUUACUCAGAGAGCAUCACUCUGCCCUAUGAGGAGCUGCAGGAGCUGAAGGCUGCAGCAGCAGCUGUUACUACCGAGAGAGACCUCUCGACUAAACGAAUGGGCUGUGAUAAAGUCAAUGGGAUGGAAGCUGAAGUCUGUCGGAGAGGAGAAUCAGCCACAUGCUGCAGAGCAAGCAGUGAAAUUACACAGCUGCGAGAGACAGUCACUCGCCAAGAGGUCAAGAUCCAGAUGCUUGAGAAGCAGGUCAGCGACCAGCAGAAGGAGAAUGAGAGGCUCUGGGCAGCAAUUAACCGUCUAAUGCUAAGAGAAGCAGGAUGUGAGACGAAUGGAAACCACCAAUCUGAUCGCAUGCUCGGGGAUAGAGGAGGCGGAUUCACAAACCAUGGGGGUAGAUCUGCAGGAGCCAGUGUGUGAGCUUCAACCUGCAAAUGUCCUGGUUAUGGGAGCAGUGACAAAGCUCUUAGCACAUAUCAAGGUAAUCAAGCUGAUUAGUGGGGAGUGGAGACCGGGGUGCAUUCAGUGGAGGCAAAAGUGGACAUGUUUAGAGGUAUUAGAGUUGAGACGCAGUAGAGUUCAGCACUCGCCAAUUACUUAACCCAAAGCGGCCUCAUGCCCACUUAACAAUGUGUCACGUCAUAAAUGCUUGAUAUAGCGCCAGCUGCAUGCAUACAUUAUAUUGAAUAUGUGAGAUGAUAUCUUACACACAUUCAUAUGCACACGUCAGUUCACCUGGCUGCAGUGAUCUAGCUACAGUUUUCCAGGGACUGAAAUGUUGGCUGGAUUCAACAUGAUGCCUCUGACCUUGACACCUGCGAGAGACAAUCUGAUCAUAGUGUUACUCUGCAAUGUGAAUAUUAAGUCAAUGUUUUUGUGGUAUUAUUGGUAUCUCAGUGACAUCUGCGCUGAGGUUUUAGUCCCGUGCCUCAGAUAUUUUGUUUCUAUUUGUCAUAUGACAGGUAAGACCAGCUUAUGAACAUUGUGAGGAAACCUUUUACUUACACAUCCAACGUGUAGGUUUACUAUAGUCAACGCUCGAGAUCUCAUUAAUCUGUGUUAGUUGUUAUUACAGAGAGGAAUGGGCAGACGGUGUAAUGUCCAGAUUGAUCAUGACUUAUGUCAAUGCCAUUUUCCAAUGUGAAAAUAUUACUUUUUAGAUUUUUUUCUGAGUUCAUUUGAUACUGUAAAAAAAUGCUAAAUGCCAUUUACAGUACAGUCUCUCAAACCUUUUUUUUGUAUUUAUCAGACAUCAACUAUUACAUACAUUUUCAUUUUUCCAUACAAAUAUUUACUUUUUAACUUGCAUGUCGCAUUGCAAUAUUUGCAAAAGGCAUUUGUGUGAAACACAGAACUACUGAUUCAUUUUAACAAGUAGGAUACUUUUUGUUACUGCCUUAAUUGGUUCUUGAAUUUUUAUUGGUGUAACAAAUGUAAGUACACCUUUGUGACAUGUAUGAACACUUGAAAGGUUUUCUUAGAAUGUAGAAAACGCUGUCUUGUAAGACAUUUCUUAUAGCCUACAGCAAUACUCUUGUUUUCACAAUGCAUUUUUAACCAUUUUAUCUGUCUUUGGUACUUGUUUAUGAGAUACUUGUUUUGCCUUAAUUUUCAUCAUUUGUGAAAGCAAAAGUCUUGCGUUUUGUGUAUUUGUUUACUAUUGGUUGGUUAUGUUGUUUGAGUGUACUCAUGAUAACCAGAAAUUUGAAAACAGUACUUUAUUUGUCAUAGUUAGCUUACCUGUAUAAGCUCUUGUCUCUUGGUUGGUGAGCUGUCCAACCAAACUAAAACACUGAAUGCAAUGUAAAAGACAGUCAGUGUGCCUUAUCCUAUUGUAACA